CAGUCUUCGAGUUUACGUUAACCUGUGAUGUUCGUGAAGUUAUUUUUUUAAUAACUAAUACGUAUUUUCAUUAAAGUUAAUAAUUCUUUUAAUAUUCGUGAUAUAUAUCCCUUUGAGUUUGUUAAUUGGUCAUUAUGUCGAAAAAGCAACAUAUCAUUUUGUUGCUCGUGCAACUAAUUGGAUUAGGUAUGACCGAAUGUAAAUCAAGUUUAAUAACGGCCCAGAAUUGGGGAUCGAUUAAUGGACGAGUCAUAGAACAAUAUACGUUAAAAAAUGAAGCUGGUCAAGAAGUGGAUAUCAUCACGUACGGUGCAACGAUAACUAGUAUUAGAAUACCAGAUAAACAUGGCAAUAUAGACGACAUACUUCUUGGCUUCGACAAUAUCUCUGGUUAUCUAUCUUCCGAUAAUCCGUAUUUCGGUGCAACAGUUGGUCGAGUCGCAAAUCGUAUCGCAAAGGGACGUUUCGUUAUAGAUGGUAAAAAAUAUCAAGUAUCACGAAAUAUCGGCGAGAAUAGUCUUCAUGGAGGUACGAAAGGUUGGAGUUUCAAAGUAUGGAAUGCUACAAUCGAGAAUGGUUCUGUCGUGAUGACCUUGUUAAGCGAGGACGGAGACGAAGGUUUCCCUGGCGCCGUAAUCGCAUCGGCAACGUUUAGAUUAUCGAACGAUGGAGAAUUGUUCAUUGAAAUGAAAAGUUUUACUAGUAAACCUACUCCCAUCAAUUUAACUAAUCAUGCGUAUUUCAAUCUCGCCGGUCAUGGAACUAAUGCGGAAGAAUUGUACAAGCAUCGAAUCGUUCUCAAUGCUGAUCGUUGGACCGUUACGGAUUCAGACAGUAUUCCUACUGGAGAGAUCAGGUCUGUUAAGGACAGCAUUAUGGAUCUUAGAAAACCGACGGUACUUGGUGAUGUCAUCGAUAAAGUACCUGGCGGCGGAUAUGAUUACAAUUUUUGUUUACCCGAGAAAAGUAGUAAAGUCAAUGAAAAUCGAUUCGUUGCGGAAGUCGAACACGUAGGUUCAGGUAGAUAUAUGACGGUCCACUCGAAUCAACCAGGUGUCCAAUUGUAUACAGCUAAUUUUCUACCUGCUACUAAUGCCACUGGUAUACUUGGCAAAGAUGGAAAACGUUAUUUCCGACACGGUGCUCUUUGUUUGGAAACACAAAACUAUCCUGACGCUGUUAAUCACGCAAACUUUCCAAAUAGUAUUCUGAGACCAGGACAAUUAUAUCUGCAUACUGUUUGCUACAAGUUCGGAGUUAAGAAGUAAAAGAAUUUUAAUUAUCUAUGAGAAGUAAAUAGAAGGUAUAAAUAAAUAAUAUCAAUACUGCA